AUGGCCACACCCCCGCUAAACGGUGCAGCCGUGAACGGUAACGGUCAUGCCGUAGACGGCAGUAGCACUCCAAAAGGAGUGAAUGGCGACGCAGGAGAGGCGCAAUCGAGGUUCGCUACAGGGCUUAUUCUCCCUCCCAAAGAAAUCAAAACUAUCAUCGACCGAACAGCCUCCUUCGUAGCCCGCUCCGCCAACCCCAUCCAAUUCGAAGAGAAAGUCCGCGAAGGCCAACGGAGUGAUCCAAAAUUCUCCUUCCUCAACCCCGCAGACCCCUAUCAUGCGUACUACAGACAUAAAAUCAUGAAGAUCUCGCAGGGGGAGGAAGACGAGACGCCUGUACCGGAGAAAGUGGAGGAAGAGAAAGUUGUGGAGGAGAAAAAACCGAAGGGCGGGAUCGUUCCACUUGAACCUCCCCCAUCGGAUUUUAUUUUGGAUAUACCGCCGGUGAAUGCUGUUGAUUUGGACAUCAUCAAGUUAGCCGCUCUAUUCACUGCCCGCCGAGGUCGUUCCUUCCUCUCCAAACUCGCUGCACGAGAAGCUCGGAAUUACGAAUUCGAGUUCCUACGUCCGACACAUUCUAUGUUUAGUUAUUUCAACUCUUUAGUUGAGCAGUACUCGAAAGUGCUGUUGCCCUCCAAGGAGAUGUUGGAGAAGUUGAAGCGAGGGACUGAAGAAGGUGCGAGGUGGAAGAUGUUGGAGAUCUCGAAACAGCAUGCGGAGUGGGAGAGACUUAAGCAGGAGAAGGAGAAGAGGAAACAGGAUGAUAAGGCAGCGGAACGAAUUGCGUUUGCGGAGAUUGACUGGCACGACUACGCAAUCGUGCAGACAAUCGAGUUUACAACGGCCGAUGCAAACUCGGAACUUCCAGAACCAAUGACUAUCAACGAAAUGAUAAGUCGAACAUUAGCGCAGAAGAAGAUGGCGGCUAUGAUUAUGGAGGAUACCGUUGAUGAGGUGGAAGCUGUACGUGCUCGACAAGCUGCUGAGGCGGAAGCACAGGCAGAAGCGUUGGGAGUGAACGGUGCUGCGGAAGGAGAUGGUACGAUGGAAGUUAGUGAUGACGAAGACAAUGAGGUUAAGGAGCGGAAGAGGAAGGAAGAGGAGGAGAGGCAACGUGAGAUGGAGAGAGCUCGGGCUAUCCAGGCUACUUCUAUGGAUGCAUCAGGUCCGAUGAAGAUUCGUACGGACUACGUACCAAGACUGGGCGCGAAGGGCGCGAAGGUCACGAUGACCACCUGUGCCGUCUGUGGACAACAAGUACCCGUCGACGAACUACAAGAACACAUGCGUAUCGAGCUUCUCGAUCCUCGCUGGAAGUCCCAACGCGACGCUUUGGAAGCACGUCGCGCACAAGCCAACGAACUACAACGCGGAGCGAACGUCGAGUCAUCACUUCGAAAUCUCGCCCGUGCGCGUGUGGAUAUCUUCGGUACAGAGGUGGACGAAGAGAAACGUAAGCUUGAGGAAGAGGCAGAACAGGCGAGGAGGAAGGAAAGGGAGAAGAACGUUUGGGAUGGACAUACGGCUUCGAAGGAUAAGACGCUUGAUAAGUAUCAGUCGAACGUCAAUUUCGAGGAACAGAUUGCAGCUAUUCAUCGUGCGAAGGGGCUUAGCGCUACGGAUACAGGUGCAGGACCAGGUAUAGGUCCUUCAGCAGGCCCAGGCGUCCCCUCCCUACCCGCACCACCACCUUCCCUCCCAGCUCCACCACGUCAAGCAGCAGGCACACCAGGAGCAGUCUCCGAUCCAGCCUUCGCAGCAGCGACUGUAUCAGCAGGUCCACAACCCGCAACGAUGUACGCUGGUCAACAACAACAACAACAGCAACAACCUGCACCUGUCAUGCUUCCACCAUUACAUUACCAAGGCCUCGAUGCUGCCCAGCCGUUUGGGUUCCAGCCUCCACCUAGCGCAGCUGCUGGACCUCCUACGCCCGCGGGUGUAGGUAUGGGUGGUAUGGGAGGUGCGACUUCUCCACCGGGUAUGCACCCUUCGCGACUUGCAGCGCUCGGUGCGUCCCCGCCACUUGGGACUGUACGUUCUGCGGAUCAAAUGGAGAGUGUCGAAGGCGGAGGGAUGGGUGAAGGGGAUGGGGGGUUACCACCUGCGAAGAAGCAGAAGAUUGCGAGGUUACCUGGUGGACAGUAUUAUCCUGAACAGAAUUGGAUUGAUUUGCAUCCCUACCCAAUAUCAAUCCAAAUCCAACUCCCCACCGACCCUUCAAAACCCGAAUGGAAACUCGACGGUUCAAUCGUCACUCUUCCCGAAAUUCCUGUUACGUAUCUCGUCUCUACGCUUCGCGACCACCUCGCGCGAACAAUAGGGAGUAGCGUGCCGUUAUCGAGGAUAAUGCUUUCGUUUGGAGGGAAGAUGUUGACGAAUGCGAAUACGCUUGCGAGUUAUAAUGUUGAGGAUGAGGAUUUGUUGGUUAUGAGUGUUAGGGAUGCUAAGAAGAGGAAGUAGGUAGGAGGGUAGAGGGAAGGGUAGGAAUAGGGGGUGUUGUUGGGUUUUUAUUUUGUGAUGGUAUUCUUGAAGAGAGGGAGUGAUGUAUAUUUUACGUAG